AUGAAGAUGAAUUCUUUUGGCUAAGGCAAAGCUAUUGAUCCGAUCAGAAUGACGAUAAAAACGAUAACGGAGGGAGAAGACGAAGAACACGAAGGUGAAACAUUCCUCGACAACUUGCGUUUUUCAAUUCAUUAGUAGCAGAAGAAGGAUAAUUAGGGUUAAGAAGCGUGGUUUGACUGACCAUUUCAAAUCCUCAAGAUCUUGAUCCCUGUGAUUUAGAUAUAUUUAUCAUUUUAAAAUCAAGAAAGAGACUCAAACUCGCGAUUUUGAUUACGUGCUAAUCUCACCAGCUCCGCCGAGCACGUCAGCUUCCAGAUUUGACAACUACAAUGCCGCGCUGACUAUUUUCAAUGAGCAAUGGCGGCAAUUUUACAGGAAAUCCACGAGUGGAUUGAAUCAGUCGGCGCUUCACCGUUGCCUUUUUCUCGGUCUUUCUCGCUCCUUUAAGAGUUUUCUAAUCUUAAUCAAAGUCUAUCCGUUUACCAGCCGGCGCUUACGGGGAUCUCACGGGUAAAGUACAAUUUUAUGUAGAAUGGAUAAAUAUAUAGAACUUUCUCGCAUAUGCCGCUGCACAGACUAACUGAAGAUGAGAAGUGAAAGGCGAGUAUUCGGCGGCUUCCUCUCCGCCGCCCUAGCUUUAAUUAUCUUGGCCGGCGUAGCCCACGGGCGGCGCGUGAGCGAGGGUUCUUCGUCGCUGACGCCGCCGGAUCUCAUCUCCGACGGCGUCCGGGAUGGUGGAUUCGGGGGCUGGCCGCUCCGGCUUGAGGGAUUGGAGUUGGAGGCGCCGGAGGGGGAGGCGUGCGAACAGACGUACGGCUUCAUGCCUUGCACAACUACCGUGCUCGGUAACCUCUUCCUGAUUUUGGUCUACGGCUACCUCAUGUUCCUUGCCGCCACUUACCUAUCCAGCGGCAGCGAGCUCUUGCUCGAGAUUCUUGGACCUGGUAUCGUCGGCGGCCUAUUUCUCCCCAUUCUUGGAGCUCUUCCCGAUGCUAUGCUUAUUCUCGUAUCUGGACUCUCUGGAAGCACAGAAACUGCUCAAAGCCAGGUCUCAGUUGGAAUGGGCUUGCUAGCUGGGUCUACGGUUAUGCUUCUUACAGUAAUAUGGGGAACUUGUGUAGUAGUUGGCAAGUGUGAUCUCCAUGGUUCAGUGGCAAAAGAUGGAGAAGAUACAAAGGGAUUUAGCUUAACUGGUUCUGGUGUCUCUACUGACAUUUGGACUAGUUAUGCUGCAAGAAUCAUGGUGGUAUCUGUAAUCCCAUUCCUUCUUGUCCAAUUACCACAACUUAUGCAUUCAACUUGGGGAAGACACUUAGCAGUCCUGAUUGCACUUGUUAUUUCUCUCUUACAGCUGAUAUUAUAUUGCCUUUAUCAGGUUUUUCAGCCCCAGAUCCAGAAGAGAAGACUGGCUUAUGCAAAGCAUAAGCAUGUAAUAUCUGGAAUUCUAAGACAUCUAAAGAUGCACUCAUUAGGAAGGCUGCUUGGAGAUGAUGGCAGACCAAAUAAGGAAGUUAUAGAGAAGCUAUUUAGGAUGGUUGACGGGAACAAUGAUGGGUUUAUUUCAGCAACUGAAUUGCAGGCUUUAAUAGUAGGAAUCCGGUUGGAUGCGGUUAACGUGGAUGAAGAUGAUGCAGUCAAGAAAUUGAUGGCCGAGGUUGAUACUUCCAAUGAUAAUCAGAUUGAUUUCACAGAGUUCAUGAAUGGAAUCUCAAGAUGGCUUGAAGAGGCAAGGCGCUCUGGGGCUUCUUCUCUUGAGGCUGGUCCCGCCUCAAUGAAAUAUCUGGAUGAUUUCCAUCAGCAAACAAGGAGGGAACACGAUCUUUUGGGGGAUCAAACUGACGAAGCGGAUGAGGGUGUUGAAAAUCCUAAAUGGACCUCCUUCAAGGCAGUGCUUUUGUUGUUGCUGGGAACUUUGAUUGCAGCUGCAUUUGCAGAUCCCUUGGUUGAUGCAGUUGACAACUUCUCUGAUGCCACAAGCAUUCCUCCUUUCUUCAUCUCAUUCAUUGCGUUGCCGUUGGCUACCAAUUCUAGUGAGGCAGUGUCCGCAAUUAUCUUCGCUAGCCGGAAAAGGCUGAGAUCUGCUUCACUGACAUUUUCGGAGUUGUAUGGGGCAGUAACCAUGAACAAUGCUCUUUGCCUGUCUGUCUUCUUAGCUUUGGUUUACAUCAGGGGAUUGAUGUGGGAUUUCUCGUCAGAGGUUCUGAUCAUCUUCGUCGUCUGCCUGGUGAUGGGUGCAUUCGCCAGCUUCCGCACUACUUUCCCUCUUUGGACAGCUUCAGUGGCUUUCCUUCUCUACCCUCUCUCCUUGGCACUGGUAUAUAUUCUUGACUCUAUAUUUGGCUGGUCUUAGAUUCCAGGUGGUCCUUAGUAUUGUCAAGAGUCAAAGACUGACUACCCCUUUUUAGUUCUUUCUUUUUUUCAUUUAGUUUUGAGUGUAGGUUUCUAAAUUUUUACUCACUCACAAGUAGUAACUUCAAAAUGUUAGGCUGCGUUCUCUUUACUUUUUAAUUUUGAGUUUUGAAUUUAUUUUUAGUUUUUUGUUUUGAUAGUCUGUUUUUAGAAAAUUGAAAACGUGUUUUCUUUGUCAUUUUGAAAAACUAUUUCUCAAAACAGAAAACGUGUUCUCUUUGAAAUUUUGAAAAUAAUUUUUUAAUGAUAUUUUAUUCAAUAAAUUUGAGUACUCAGUAAAUUAAAAAUAUUUAAUGUUAAUAUAUUAUUAAAAAUAUAUAUACAUUUUAAAAUUAAUAAAUUUUAUAAUAUUUUUUCUCAUUAUAAUAAUAAAAUAUAAAUAAAUAAAUGUGUUUUGAGUUUAGAGUUUGUUUUGGAUGAAAACACUCAAAACAAUUUUUUGUUUUGAGUUUUCUUUACAAUUUUUUUUUUUUGUUUUCAAAAAUAUAUUUUUAAAAACAAUGAAGAGAACGCGCUUUCAUUAUUUUAGAAAAUCGAAAAUUAAAAAUAACUUGAAAACAGUAAAGAGAACGCAAUCUUAAUUUUUCUAGAUCCAUAAAAAGCCGUCCCUGAUGUUGGACUACUCUAAUGUAUCGCUGUCCAGGCAAUGGAAUUCAGCCUGUCUUAUUCUUUCUUUUCUCCUUUGUUGGAUCUUUGAUAUCGCAAUAUGAUGUUUUUCCAUUAUUUCUAAA